AGUAGAAAUUCUCAGGAACAAAAACCAUGAGAUCCUUAAAUUUUAAAAUCUUGAACUCUACGCUUAAUGCGCAGUGUGCGAGGCAUUUUUCCGGCCGCGCUCGCAUUAGGCCCAGAGGAACGAGCAACUUGACGAGUACGCAACAACAACAACUCGAGGAAAAGAUACGCGAACUACAAAUGAUGCAAAUGAGGAACCAACAGCCGGCGGCAAAGCCAGGGUUCUUGCAGGUCAUAAAGGAGGGAGUCCUCCACGGUAUCGGAUGGUCGUUUGCGCAAAGAAUGGUAGAUUCCAUUUUUGGCCCUAGAACAGUACAAUUUUUCAAUCCCUCGUCUCACGAUAACUUUGCGGACAAUUCAUCAAACAAUAUGACAAAUACAAACGAUACCAGCCCAUUUCAAGAUGACGGCGACCAAGGAUGGAGUUGGGGUGCUGACGACUUUUUUGAAGACGAAUAAAGUUCAGUUCAUUUAUUACCAAAGUCAUGCAGUGGGACCAAGUCCUUCCUGCGCAAACUGUAUAUAAGGGAUUUCCCGUAAAGCCUAUCGACUCGUAUAUGCAAAAUAUUGUUUAAAAACUCGAAAUCGCACUCUUUCCUGAGACGAAUUGUGCAAAGUAA